UUAAGCUACUGGGUUCAUACCCCAUUUAUAAAGGUUCUAACCCUUUUCUUUUUAAUUUUUAAUAAUUCUUCAAAAAUUUUAUUUAUCACAAUAAUAAUUAUCGGAACAUUAAUUACGGUAACCUCUAAUUCUUGGUUAGGAGCAUGAAUAGGUUUAGAAAUUAAUUUGUUAUCUUUUAUUCCCCUAAUAAGAGAUAAUAAUAAUUUUAAAUCAACUGAAGCUUCUUUAAAAUAUUUUUUAACCCAAGCUUUAGCUUCAACUGUUUUAUUAUUCUCAGUAAUUUUAUUAAUACUAAAUAACAGAAUAACUAUCGAAAUCAAUAACUCUUUUACUUCAAUAAUUAUUUUAUCAACUUUAUUAUUAAAAAGAGGAGCCGCCCCUUUCCAUUUUUGAUUCCCUAAUUUAAUAGAAGGUUUAACUUGAAUAAAUGCUCUCCUUUUAAUAACAUGACAAAAAAUUGCCCCUUUAAUACUAAUUUCUUACUUAAAUUUAAAAAAUUUAUUAUUAAUUAGAGUAAUUUUUUCAGUAAUUGUUGGGGCAAUCGGAGGUUUAAAUCAAACAUCUUUACGAAAACUUAUAGCUUUUUCUUCUAUUAAUCAUUUAGGGUGGAUAUUAAGAGCAUUAAUAAUUAAUGAAUCAAUUUGAUUAAUUUAUUUUUUAUUUUAUUCCUUUUUAUCUUUUAUUUUAACUUUUAUAUUUAAUAUUUUUAAAUUAUUUCAUUUAAACCAAUUAUUUUCUUGGUUUAUACAAAGAAAAGUUAUAAAAUUUACUUUAUUUAUAAAUUUUUUAUCCUUAGGAGGAUUACCCCCAUUUUUAGGAUUUUUACCAAAAUGAGUUGUAAUUCAACAAUUAACUUUCUGUAACCAAUAUUUUCAGUUAAUAAUUUUAUUGACAUCAACUUUAAUUACAUUAUUUUUUUAUCUACGAAUUUGUUAUUCAGCAUUUAUGCUAAAUUACUACGAAAAUAACUGGGUUAUUAGCUCACAAAUCAAUAAUUUUAGUAUAAAAUUAUACUUAAUAUGUACAUUUUUAUCAAUUUUUGGACUAUUUUUAAUUUCAAUAUUUUAUUCUAUAUUUUAGGUUAAA